CUAUCAGGUAGCCACAGUCUGUCCUUAGCGUGCGAAUCACUAUCGCAAGUGAUCAAGGCAUUAAAUUCAGCAGGUUUCCCCCUAAAGAAAAUUACUUCAAACCAUCCUGAAAUAAUAAAAGGCAUUAAAAAAGAAGACUUAUUAGAUACAGACUUCCUUAAAUUUGAAAAGGCUAGUACAACUAAAACUCUAGGAAUUCAAUGGAAUGCGAUAACAGAUCAAUUCUCAUAUACAAUUGAGUCAAUAUCUGCAAUGUCCGCCAUUACAAAACGCCAAAUACUUUCCUCGGUGGCAAAACUUUUCGACCCCGCAGGAUGGCUUUCGCCAAUAAUGAUUCAAGCAAAAAUCCUCAUUCAAGAAUUGUGGCAAGAUGGCACUGAAUGGGAUGAACAGGUAAAACCUUUACGUUUAGCGAAAUAGGUUCAAUUUGCUAACAAAUUACAUACUACAUCUGAAAUUCGAAUCCCUCGAUGGGUAAAUUUCACCCCUCACAUUAACACAGAAUUACACGGUUUCUGUGAUGCCUCCGAAAAGGCGUAUUGUGCAACAGUGUACGUACGCACUCAGUACGAUAAUAAAAUAUCUUCACACCUCCUGGUAGCCAAAGCCAAAGUUGCACCUUUGAAGACACUCAGUCUGCCACGGCUUGAACUGAAUGGUGCUCUUCUGUUAGCAAAAUUAAUUUCCAUAGUCCAAACCCAACUCAAAUUAAACAAUCAUAAAAUGUAUCUUUGGUCAGACUCAGAGAUAGUUUUAGCAUGGUUAGAAAAACCACCCUAUUGCUGGAAGACCUAUGUAUCUAACCGAAUAUCCCAAAUUCUAGACUUAGUUGGCCCAGCAAAAUGGCAACAUGUUGCAAGUGCAGAUAACCCAGCGGAUCUUGAGACAAGAGGUUGCAAGCCACUGCACCUCACCAGCACUACACUCUGGUGAAAUGGUCCAACAUGGCUAACAGAAUCACAAGAAUUCUGGCCAAAGUCUCCCGCCCGUAAUAUAAUACCGCCGGAAAGUCGGAAAAUUGAAAAUUUUCAUAUCACUCCAGAAGAGGAUGAUAUUCUCCAUCGAUUUUCGUCAUUUGCUAGAGCACUAAGAGUAGUCGCUUACAUGCACAAAUUCAUUCAAAGACUUAAACAAAAGGUGAAAAGAAUAUCAAACGAUCUUUACAUACAACUAACAUAUUCCGACUUGCAACAUGCCAAGGUCAGUCUAAUAUUAUAUACACAAACUCGCUAUUUCAGCAAAGAGAAAUCAAAGUUGCUCGAAAAGCGACCUCUCGAAAAGGGAAGCUCACUUCUCGUAUUCAAUCCAUUCUUGGACUCUAAGGGAUUAAUAAGGGCAAAUGGAAGAUUGGCGAACUCCAGCCUUAGUUAUAACGAACGACAUCCCAUCAUUAUUCCAGAGAAAUCCCGUUUUACUUACCUAUUUCUAGCAUAUCUGCACCAUCUUACACUGCAUGGUGAGCAUCGCUUAAUGCAACAAAUGGUCCGUCUAGAAUUUUAUAUACCGCGACUAAAGCCACAAAUCAAAAGGACGAUUUUCAUGUGUAAACCAUGUACCAUGUACAAACACAAAAUGCGUACGCGGAUCAUGGCAGCUUUACCACCUGAACGCUGCAACUAUGCUCUACCCUUUACCAUCACUGGGGUUGAUUUUGCUGGACCUUAAAGGCCUCCAUGUUAAGGUCUUCUUCAUUUAGAAAAGGGUAUGUGGCUGUCUUUGUAUGUUUUACGACAAAGGCAGUACACCUCGAGCUUUGUUCAGAUCUGACUACUGCGGCUUUUCUUGCAGCAUUUGCACGCUUUGUCGGACGACGCGGAUUUCCUUCAAAAAUAAUGAGCGAUAAUGGGAAAAACUUUGUCGGAGCCCAAAGAGCAACAGAGAAGGAGUUUAUAAACUUCAUGAAAGAAGUCUCCCCUGAAAUAGUUAACAAAUAUGCACCCCAAGGGAUCGAUUGGCAAUUCAUACCUCCAUAUUCUCCACACAUGGGUGGACUUUGGGAAUAAGCAGUGAAAAGCUUUAAGUCCCAUUUAAAGAAAACGGCUGGUAAUCAUAAAUUCAAUUAUGAGGAGUUUACUACAUUAUUCACUCGUAUCGAAGCCGUAUUAAAUUCAAGACCUAUAUCACCACUCUCACAAGAUCCCUCCGAUUUCACAGCUCUUACACCUGGACACUUCUUCAGAGGAGCUCCUCUUCUCGCCAUACCUGAGACAGAAGGAGGCUCACUCACUUUAAUCAAUCGAUGGAAAAGAAUCAAGAUUCUCCAUCACGAAUUCAGCCACAGAUGGAAGGAAGACUAUCUCAAAGAUCUCCAUAAGAGAUAUCGAUGGAAAACGGCCCAGAAGGAAGCCAAGGCAGGAGAAUGCGUAAUCAUACAGGACGAAUGCCUUCCUCCAACAGAAUGGCGACUAGGCCGCAUUGAAAAGGUUCAUCGAGGAUCAGAUGGUCACAUAAGAGUAGUCGAUGUGCGAACACAAACCGGCAUAUUAACUCGACCAGUCACCAAACUGUGUUUUCUUCCAAACAGCGAAGAACACCUUCAAACUAAACCGCAAAAUAACUCGCAAAAUUAAUCGAAAAAUAAUAAAUCAAUUCCGCUAAUUCGAAAUUAACACGCGUUAUAAUCCGUACACAAACAAAAAAUAAAUUCAAACAAGCGCGUUGAAGACCAACUUAUUAUACAUAUACAUAUGUAUAGAUAUGUAGCUACAACAACUACAUUCUAAUAUUAUAAACAAAAUCAAUUUAAUUACAAUUUUAUAUUCCCAUAGAAAUGGACGUAGAGGAGACCCAAACCGCCUCCAACACCGUAAGGUCCGAAAUCGCUAUACCCAAAGCGUCGGCUGCACCCGUUGCCGCUCCAAGGACCAGGGUUAUGCGACCACCGCCAUCCGCCGAAGCAGUCAGGGAGAUGAGAGAAGAGCAGCUAUUGGAGCCACAGGGGCCUCCAUGUUGCAGCCUGUGCCAUCGCCCACACGCCCUGAAACGAUGCUCCAUUUUUAAGAGCAUGAAGCCCGCUCAACGAAAACAGGUUGCAAGAGCCCAUGGGCAUUGCAUGACCUGCCUGGCAGAUGACCACGCCACCAUAGAGUGCUGGGCCGACGGCGCCUGUCAAUAUUGCCAGAGGCCCCAUCACACUCUAUUCCAUCGUUUUCCGCGCCGAGCCAAUCCGUCGGAAAGUAGCACCAACACACGUACCAGACCACGCAGUGAUGCUAUCCGGCGUCGACGAAGCAGCCAAUCAACCACAACGCGUACACGGCCAUCUCCGCCACGCCACGCUCAUCGUCAGCACCAACGACGCUCAACAGGGUUGAGCGCUGUACUCAGUACACUACAACGGCUCCUAGCCGAUUAAUUCGCCUAGGGGGGCCGGGAUGUUCACAUGAGCUAUGAGCGUUCCGCAGCAUCCAAUAUCACAUCACCACACAUCACAUCACGUCACAACACCUCAUCACACAACAGCUCACAGCAUACUCCAAUACACACACACGCAUCAAACACCGAUCAUUACUACAACACUACAACACAACAACCAUACGAUUAUUAACAAGACGACUCGUAAUGUCCGCUAAUAUUCACCACCCAAACCAUCAAAAGGGAUUGAUUCGACCGUGAUUGUGCUCUUACCGUUCCAUCCGUGAAGAAAGAGAGUCGUCCGCGAAUUUAAGUUGUAUCAGCAUUCUUUUUGCAUUUUUUCACUUGUGCUACCGCAAAAAUCACCGCAAUCUCCGUUUUAAUAAACCGCCAAGUGACGGGA